CGUAAUUAUUGAGUUAUGUGUCCAGAAAUGUCUAUUCGCCCAAGUAGGAAAUCUCCAUCUAUAAUUGGCACCAUAGCUUUGAGUAGAGCCAUGUCGGUGUACACCUGUAUAGCAUGUAGAGUGGUAUUCACUGAUGGUGAAACACAGAGAACCCACUACAAAACUGACUGGCACAGGUACAAUCUGAAGAGGAAGGUUGCAGAGCUGCCACCUGUCAGCGCAGAGAACUUCCGACAGAGAGCCUUGAAUGCCCAACAGACACAGGCAGAGGAGUCGGGUGGAGAGACGUUGGUUUGUGACGUGUGUAGUAAACAGUUUCGCUCACAGAAUGCCCUCGAUAAUCAUCUCAACUCUAGGAAACACAAGGAAAUUGCUGCCAAACCUAAAAGAUUGAACACCAAGAAAUAUGCACUGAAGAACAAUGAGGUCAACAAGAGUGGAAGUCAUGGUGAUAUUGAUGUUGCCAUGGCAACAGGUGGACAGGAGGAGGAGGGGGAGGAUAUUGAGACAGACAGUGACAUGGAGUCAGUGAGCAGUUUUGGUGAUGAGGAAGGUCUAGGGGUGAACCAGUGCUUGUUCUGUUGCCAUGGUAGCUCGGGGCUUGAGGAAAAUGUGCAGCACAUGACAGAGAAGCACAGCUUCUUCCUACCCGACGCAGAGUAUUUAUCAGACCUAGAGGGGCUAGUAACAUACCUCGGUCAGAAAGUGGGAGUUGGCUACAUGUGUCUGUGGUGUAAUGAGAAAGGAAAGGCAUUCCGCUCUGUGGACGCAGCACAGAAACACAUGGUGGACAAAGGGCACUGUAAAUUGCUUCAUGAAGGAGAUGUUGUCCUGGAGUAUGCAGACUUCUAUGAUUACAGGAGCAGCUACCCUGACCAUGAGGAAGUUGCUGGCAGUGAUGGUGGAGAGGAAAUGGAGGUUGAUAUUGAACCGGAUGCCCUUGCUGCAGACGGCUAUGAGCUGGUGCUGCCUUCAGGUGCUACCAUAGGUCACCGCUCCCUGCAGCGUUACUACAAACAGAACAUCAACCCCCGGUCAGUGGAGCGUGGCAGGUCUAUUUUACCUCGAAUGUUGGCCCAGUAUAAGGCCCUUGGAUGGACAGGAGCAACAGGUUCAGUUGCUGAAAGAAGAUGUAAGGACCUUGCCGCAGUACAGAGAAUUAAAAACUUAUCACGGGUGAAGCUAGGGCAGAAGGCUAACAAAUUCCAGCCACAUUUCCGCUCACAAAUUGGAUUUUAAUUGAAUAUGACAGUGACUUUUGCAUUCCUCAAUAUCAACAUGUUUCAGUCAUUUUAACGGUUGUACAUUUAAGAUUUGAUUUGAGAGACUUUUUUGUUGGUUGAUAACUAUAUUAUGGUGAACAAAGUGAUUUGUAUCUAAUAAGUAUUUAAAAGCAUUGAGCAUGUGAUUAAUUAAAAGUGACAGAAACUGCAUUUGAAAGAAGUACAAAGUACAACACUAAACAUUCGAAGAUUCACCACGCAUUGAAGGCCAUAAAUUCUCAGUAGAUUGAUGCUCUUUUACAAUUCUUAAGUUAAGAUAAAAAUAAGUCCUGCAAUGUGAACGUCUACUGAACGGAUUGAAAAAGUCAUUUCAAGAUUGUUAAAGGAUAUUUAGUUGAAAUAAACAGAAUAUUAAGUUA